UCUGACUUUUGGUGAUCUGUCGUCUGACUCUGAGAACAUGAAGCUGAUUGUUCUGCUCCUCGCUGCAGUGUGCUGCUCUUUGGGCUUCGCAGAGUACCAAACCAAGGAGAAGAGGAAAUUAGUAGAGGUCCUGAGGCAGCUGGAUCAUGUGAGAAAGACUCUAACCCUGCAGCACAACGAGACGAUGCUGAAUUCUCCACCGCACGAUGUCGAGAACUGCUGCUGCCUGCCGGCCUUGGAGUGCUUCCAUGCAAACCUGAUAGUCCAUUUCAACGGCACCAACAAAAUACAUAAAAAACUUAACAGGAGCCUGAAUAGUUCCAUAACUAAAAGCGGUGUGGAAUACUGUCCUUCAGGAAACAACACGACCACGUGCCACGACUGCGACUCACAUCCUAAAGUGAACGUCCAGGAAUUCUUCGACAGGCUGGAGUCUCUAAUUCAAAGGGCUUUAAGCAGACCGGUGCAGGGCUGAGAAACAGAAGAAUGACGCCGACCGACACUACGCUGACAAUAUGCUAAACAUGGAAAAGUUUACAUGUUGUACUUUUUAAACUAUUAUUUAACUUAUUUAAUAUAUUUAUUGAGUUUAUUUAGAGGAGGUUAAUCCCAAGCGAAUGAAGAAUGUAUUUUCAGAGCAGCUGCUUUGCCGCCACCCAGUGGACUGGACUUGGCAGUUUUUUCUUUUUUCUCUAUUUCACUCGCAGUGAAAGUUGAUUCAUAACAUGUUGAAGUUCUCAAAGAAUAAAAUGUAUACAAUGACAUUUAUACUGUGUAUGAUGGGCCUCAGU